ACGGCGGUCUCGGGGUAUCGUUACACUUCCAGACGGGCAGCCAUGAACGCGUCUAUUUCUGCUUGCGCAUUGCUGCUGGCUGCGCUUAUCUGCCAGGUUCAGCAUUCACAGAGUGCGUGUUCACCCGUAGGCUACUGCCCGUGUAGGACGGGAGUGGAUCGUUUCGGUUGCCUCCUGUGCCUAUGUUUUCCGUGCAACCUAUGUUGUCCUCGCGCACAAUUCUCCGAAAUGAUCUACUGGACCAACAUUGGAGCCUACUGCCCGAGGAGCUGCUAUCGCGAACUUCCAGGAUUAAUCAUAGAUGGCCGUUUGAACUAUUGCCCGGCCGGUUAUAAUCUUUACGGGCUAUGAGAUCUCGCCUCGUCGACUGUGACGAGCUGAAGAAUGUACAAAUGAAUGAAGCCGGGAAGAAUCGUUCUAAAAAUAAAUGCAAUGAAGUUUCCCCU